UAUGAAUACGCUUAAGGCUACAUUUCAAAACGUACUCUCCGAAGAAAAUUUUAUAACAUUUUGAAAGCUAGCCUAAAUAACUUUUCGUCUUUCGCACCUACAAUGAGUUACAAGGAUAAUUUUAAUAUUUUCGUGGGUGGAAAAUCGGGUGUUUUGAAAGGAAUAAAAAUUGGAAAAAAGAAGGAUAUAAUCAAAAAUAUACAGGAUUUGGUCUCAAUUACGGAAAAUGAUCAAGUUACAACUGUCGCAUGGGGCAACGAUGAUGAACGAGAAGUUUUAAUAGCUUGUGGUGUAAAAGGAGACCGAAGAGUGAAAAUCUAUGACUCCGAGAGUUUAGCAUUCGCAUGUUCGUUUCCCUGUAAUACAGGUCAAGGAAGUAUUAUUGGGAUAUCGCGACAUGACAGAUCUGUUUUGACAGCAGUCAAAUCUGGAGAAGUAAGUUUAUGGCCAUUUGAUAGAAAAGAGGAGGUAUUAAUAAAUGCUGGAGAAAAUUUGAAUAGAAUGCGUCACUCGUGUACGGAAAAAAACAUAAUAGCAACUGGAGGACUAGAAAAUAGGCUAAAAUUAUUUGAUUUAGAAAAGCAAGAACUAAUAUUUAGUGAAAAAAAUCUUCCACAUGAUUGGCUGGAAUUAAGAAUACCAAUUUGGAUAUCAGAUUUGAAUUUUUUGCCAGGAACCCGACAAAUAGCUACAGUUGGCAGAUAUGGGCAUGUACACUUAUACGAUCCAAAUAUGCAAAGACGCCCUGUAAUAAAUUUAACAAUUCAAGAUGAAGCUUUGACUUGCUUAAGCACGACGCUCAAAGAGAAACAUAUUAUAGUGGGUUCGGGAAAAGGUAGAAUGAAUCUCGUUGAUCUAAGAAAACCAAGCACUGUAUUGAACACAUACAAAGGAUUUGCCGGCGGUGUAACCAGUAUAGCAUGCAACAUGAAUAAUCCAUAUGUUGCAAGCGUUAGUCUCGAUAGAUAUUUGCGAAUACAUCAUAUCGACACAAAAGAACUUUUAAAAAAAAUUUACUUAACAUCGAGAUUAACAUGUUUGGUAAUGAGAUCGGAUUUUUUUAUAGAAACAAAAACUGAGCAUAGUUCUGUGAUGAACAUUUGUUAAUAUUUGUAAUUUUAUAAGAAUAAAAAACUAAUCUUUUAUAAAUGUGCGCGCGCAUGUGUGGGUAUAUAUAUAACAUUAAUAUAUUAUUAUGAAAUUAUUUGGAAUUUAAAAUUUUGCAGAUCAAGAAGUGGAUUCGGAUGUAGGUAUCUGAGAGGAAAGAAAUUUAGAGAAUCGGUAAAUAAAACAUUCAUAGUAUAUAUAUAUUUUGUCACUUGGCAAGGUUGUCGUCUCGCCGUUUUGAACUUUAAACAAGAAACAAGGAUUGAACAAGGAACAGGGAUAAUAUGCUGUCAGUUUAAUUAUAAUUAUGCAUAAUGCAUAAAAGCAUUAUUUGUUGAUUAUUUAUUGUACAAUUUCAUUAUCAUUAAUAUCUCAUUGAUAGUUCUUAUUUUGGUUCUUUGCUGCAGCAUGUACCGAUGUUCAAUUGCUUAUUCCUUUAAACUCAUCUCUAAUAUUAUAUAGAAUGAAGAGAAGCGCUAAAUAUUUUCUCCGACUAUUUCUACCAUGCCUUCAACAAGUAAAAGUUGUGUCAAAGCCAACAUUGGAGUGUACGCUACGGUAUAGCAUAAUUUUUAGUAACUUUAAGUAGAAGAUGGCAACUCGCAAGAUGUUGCAACGAACGCAUUUUGUGCUAAAAAAAACAAAAUGAAUAAAUAAAACAACGCUCGCGACUACAGCACACAGAAUAGUACUUCUAAGCUGUACAAAAAUCUUUGUUCAAACUAUGCUUCCUGUUAAUUAUUACUAAUAUUUAACUUGUCGAAUUCCGCGACUGCGCUUACUCUCUCGAAUAGAAUAUUUAUAUUUAUAUUCCAUGCGUCUCUCUUUUAUAUAUACAUUUACUACAUUUACAGGCACUAUCCUCCUUCAAAAUCGAGCAAAUUCUCCCUAUUACAUCAGCAUAAAUAUGAAAAUGAGUAAAGAUCGGCAUCAAAUGGCAUAAAAUUUACAUUUUAUGAGGGCGGAAAAAAGUUCUUGCAUAGUUUGAGAUAAAAUUUUUCUGGAUAGUAUUCGUCUUCGACUAUAAGAAUUCCUUUUUCUAAUCUAUUGUGAAACUUUUUCAUAUAAAACGAUAUUGUAAUUAUACAUUCCGACCAAAAAAAAAAAAAUUUUCAAAUCAUAAUUUACAUUUUCUUUACGAUAAUAAUGCAAUAAUAAUUAUUUAUAUUAAUAACGCAGGGUUUUACUCAUUGUCUAUGAAGAAAAUUUAACAAUUGACAAUAAAACUUCAAUGCCAUAUUUAUAAGCCAUUAUUUAUAUCAUUGAUGAAUAAAGAAUUUUAUCCAUUAUAGAAUAUAUAUUUCUCAAUAAGUCACCAGUGCUGUUAAAAAAUGAUCAGUUUAUUAUGCAAGAUCAGUAAAGAUUAGAUAUUUGCUAGCACAUUUCCAAAAGAAA